AUGACUGAUGUCAGAUAUACUCAGGCAGGGCCGAGUGCCUCUCCGAAUGUUUAUUACCGUGACCCACCCUGGUCAAGAGGAUCAUAUCUUCCCGAUCUUAUAUAUGAUGACUGGGCUGCUAUUCCCACUGGUCAAAUUCGGAAACUUAUUCAUUUGAAUGCUGGUAUGAGCAAGCAAGAAAUUGUCACUAUGAGGGUCAACUCCAUUAUCUUGCAAAGUGAACCAGGAACAGAUAGAAAGGCAUGGAAAAGGGGCUUUCUACAGCUCUCUCGAGUCCGAGUUGCAGAGACCUUACCUGAGCUACUGUUUGGUAUCGAAUCGUUAAGGUUUGAAUCCACCAUCUUCUACCACGAACUCAUUCCGCUGGAAUAUGUGAUGAGCAAACAUUGGUAUUCAAGACCUAAUUGCGGGCUCGUUUCGAUUCAGUUAGACCGGAGCUCGGGUCCGGGAGACUCUGGCUCGCUCAAAUCAUAUGCAGGUUCGGCGAAGAAACUCAUUGAUCGUGGGUUCGUAUGGAUUCAGUCAUCUGGGGAUCUUUCUGUUGGUGUUGGCGGACCUUGUUUGGAUCGAGUUUGGGAGAUAUCGCCCAUCAUCGAACACAAGACUGGGAGGGGAGCGCUUGCCAUCAAUGCUUACGACGAAGGCGCUCUGCUCUCAUACAUUUCGGAUUGUGUAUCAGACCGACAAUUCCUUACAAGUUGCUAUCUGGUCAAUACUGUGGAUUUCCUAGAAAUGGACACUCCGCUUUGUCCAGGUACCGUUCUGAAACUUCCGGAUCUUGAUACCGUCGGGCAGUAUCCGAGUGAUUUUCAACCCUGGGAGCUGAAGUAUGCUUGUGAUUCUGUCGACGGCGUUGAAAUUGAGGGAAGAUUCUGUUUUCCAUUUACAGGACUUUCAAGUUUUACGCCCCGAUAUGAAUUUGGGUCUUCAACUGACUGGUUCAACGUCGCAGGAGGAUGGUUGGCAGAAUCGGAGAGGAUUUUUAGCCAUCAGGAUGAAUGCGCGGACGAUUACGCGGUAAUCUACGGAGCAAUACUCAGUCUCGAUGUUAAUCUGGCGCACUCCCACGAUAUCCAACCUCAAGGUCGCCACGACCUUUACCUCUGUCUGACGCCUCCACCUGAACGUUGGACGGAAAGUGAAAUUACGUCGUGGAUCUUUGGGGAUUAUUAUUAUUGGUCGUCCGACGCGGCUGGAAGAACUCGUAUUUCGGACGACGAAGGGCGGAAGCUAAGAACACCUCCCCUCGUCCCUUCGAUUCGAUAUGUCUACCAAACUUGGGACCAAGAAAUGUAUGAAUCCGUGGUUCGGGCACGUCGACAUUGGGACUUGAAGGAUUAUUCUUCCACGUUUUUCGAACUCAAUGAAGGAUACAUUGAUCCAUUCACAGAGGAUGAAUCUGAAACCGGGGCCAAUAUUAAUAAACAUAUUGCACUCGAGAGUCAUUCCAGCAUCAGUGACUCUGAAGCAACUUUGUUUGAUUUACCGAUAACCAAUUUGGGUAAUAUUAAAAUAUUCGAUAAUACCGGCGAUUUUGGAUUGAUGCACCCUGCACAGGAAAUCAACGAUUUUAUGUUGACUGUUGCGGCACAGGUGGACCCGUCUAUAACUAUUGCUAUAUCGCACGAUGAAGAUUGGAUGGAACUCCUGGACCACGAUGAGCUAUUUCCAUCACGAGCAGAGUUGAUCAAGCGCCUUUGCAGCUACUUCCGGUUUGUUCUUGGGGAGGGAGCUAUCCGACUGGAAAUAAUGGAGUCUGUAGACCAUGAUCUGCCAUCUGCCGCCUCCGACGUCGCCGAUGUGGUCGCCCACAUCAGAAGGCUUCCAUCAAUCUAG